AUGGCCGCGGACAAGGUUCCAAUCCAGGCUGAGACCAUCGAAAAUGCCCAAGCUGAAGAGCGGCGCCGGGCAGCCGAGUUUGAGGCUCCUAUGGAGCAUAUUCAGGAGCUCAACGAGGCGCAACACAUCAAUCUCAGCUGGCGAUCGUGGCUCGUGGUCUUCGUGACGUGUUUUGCCAUCAUGGCGCAAGUCUUCGUUGUUGUGGCUGCUGGCUCUGUCAUUGCCUUUAUCAUCCGGGAUCUUGGUGAUGCUUCGAUCGCCGGUUGGAUUAUUCAGGGGCCACUACUUAUGCAAAGCGUGCUAUCCCCGAUUGUCGGCCGUUUGAGCGAUGUCUUGGACCGCAAAUAUGUGGCUUCCAUUCCAGCACUGAUUGCUUUCGCCGGAGCAGUGGUAUCAGCGCGGGCCACCUCAAUGUCAAUGCUUAUUGGUGGUGGUAUCCUUAUUGGAGUGACCUUGAGCACUAUCUCGAUAGUCCAGGCUAUCCCGAGCGAGGUAUUGCCCCUCAAAUACAGGGCUCUUGCGAAUGGAUUCGCUUUUCUGGGGGGAGCCGUGGGCGGACUGGUCGGUGUCCUGGGCUCCGGAGGGGUGACGAAUGCCAGUCCAUCAGGCUGGCGUGACAUCUUCUGGAUGCAGGCUGCAUUUCAUCUGGCCACGUUCCUCGGCAUCAUGCUUUUCUACCACCCAACACGACGCUCCGAUUACCCGAAAAUGUCCCUGAAACAAUACAUUUGGGCUGUAGAUCCUAUUGGAUCCAUCCUCUUCAUCGUUGCUUGCACGCUGUUGCUGUUGGCUUUGGACUGGGCGGGAGGAGCCUAUGCCUGGUCUGAUGCUCAUGUUGCAGCUCCGCUCGGUGUAGGGUUUGGUUUUCUGGCGCUAUUCUGCGUCUAUGAAUGGAAGGGUCGUUCCGAUGGUCUGGUGGCCCAUGUCUUUUUCAAAGGCUCACCCAACUUUGCUCUCUCGGUCUUCGCAUUCGCAGUCGAAGGCUGGUUGUUCUACAGCGCUGUCAACAGUGUCACACCCCAGAUUGUCUUGAAUCUCGGAUACGAGACCAAUGCGUGGAAGAUUUCCAUCCGACAGUUGUCGUACAAUCUUGUGACUCUGUUUGCCUCUAUUCCUCUGACGCUGUAUGCGACAAAGUACAAAGACCUGAAGUCGCCAUUGAUAGGGACAUUCAUCAUUUUCCUGGUUGUGUGCAUCUGUUAUGCCGUGAUCACGCCUAGCAUGAACAAGGCACAGAUCGGCUUCAACGUCCUGUCUGGUCUUGGGCAGUCAGGUCCGCUGACACUGAUCGUAGCACUCGUUCAAUUCACAGCACCUCAUGCAUUUCUUUCGACAGCAACAGGAUUGGGAUUCUCUGCUCGUGCAAUUGGAGGUGCUUUUGGAUCUGCUGUUUUGGAUGCCAUCAUCAAUGGGAAACUCAAAUCUUAUCCUACCAAGGUUGGAAAUGCGGCAGUUGAAGCUGGCCUGCCAACAUCCUCGGUCCCAGCUUUGCUAGAGGCUCUUGCAGCAGGGGUCGGUGUUUCCGACGUCGUCGGGAUCAACGCCACUAUCGAGGCAAAGGCAUUGGAUGCAAGUCAUUGGGCAUAUGCUCAUGCGUACAGGGUUGCAUGGGCCAGUAUCAUCCCCUUUGUGGUUCUUGCCUUGCUCGCCAUUUUCUUCCUCAAAGGAGUCAAAGAGCUCAUGACGGAAAAGGUCGAAGCGACGGUUGAACAUGUCACGACUGAGGUGAGCGUCAACAAAGCUUGA